UAGGCCAAUAAGAUUAGGAUUCAAUUUCAAUAUGUAUAUGGCCACCAAACACUAGUGAAACAUAAAACCUCAUGGACGAUCUUCAAUUCUUCAUGUUGUGACAAUUUGGAAAAAUUUGAUCAACCAAAAACCGCCGAAUGAAAGCUCAAAACCUUCAUUUUCUAACACAAAAGCAUUCAUAUUCAUUCAACAAAACUAUGAAGCGCAAGAAAUGGUCAGAACUCGAAGAGAAAACCCUCUUGAGCAGAUAUUCAGAGCUCCAAAAUUCAGGGACUUUAGCAAAAUUAAAAACCAGAGAGAAGAAAUUCAAGCCAAUUGCUGAUCAUGUAAACGCAGUUCAUCAUCUUCAAGAUCCAAUUAACUACCCAUUUAAGUGGACAUGGAGAGAUGUAUCAAUCAAGGUCCAAAAUAUGAGGCACCAGUAUUUGGGGGUGAAGCAGAAGAUCAGAAUUUCAAAUGGGGAUUUUAAUUGGGAAGAUGGGGAGAAUCAUUGGGAAAAUUUUAUGAAAUAUAAGGAGGUUUUUGGGGAUGUUGAGCUUGAAUUGAAGGAAAACAAGAAAUUUAACGAAAUUGGGUAUUUUGGGGGAAAUGGGGAUGAUGGGUUAGGGUUAGGGUUAGGGUUUGAGAUUGAUUGUGAUGAAUUUGAGGAGAAUGAGGAAGUGGGUGAUGAAGAAGAGGAGGUGGGAGAUUGUGGGGAUUUUGUUUGUGGAGAGAUAGAAGAAAUUGAUGGUGGAGGAGAGGGAAAGAGUGAGAGUUUAGGGAAGAAAUUGAAGAAGAGGAGGAUUGCAAUGUUGGGUUCUAGGGUUGUAGAGUUGAGAGAUGUUUUAGUGAAGAGGGAAGAGAGGAGAAAGGAGAGAGAAUUUGCAAGAGAAGAUUGUGUCGCGGCGAAGGAGGGAGGUAAGAGAGAAAUGGAGAAUUUUAAGGAGAAGAGGGUGAGUGAGGCAGAGGAGAGGGUGGAGGAGAGAGAGUUGGAGUUGGAAGAGAUGCAAAUUAGGUGGGCAAGAAAGGAAUAUGAUAGGCAGUUGAGGUUGGAGAGAGAGUUAGACGAGGAAAGGCGGUGGAGAAUGAAGAUGGAAGAGAAGAGGGAGGAAGAGGAGCUUGAGUGGAGGGAGAGAAUGUUGGGUCUGCAAAUUGACCAUGAGAAGCAAAUGAUGCAAAUGCAUGCUGAUGCUUGUCAAAACCAAUUGCAGAUUCUUGGGAUCAUGGCGCGCUUUAUGUGUCAAUUUUUCGGAUCAGCUGCUGAUGGUUUGGGUGGUGGGCUAGGUGGUCUUCCUCCUCAGAUUCUGCAGAAUCUGCAGCACCCAGGUCCAGGAGAUUUGGGGGAUAUCAGCAAGCCUGACUCCAAUUCGCCUCCGGAGUUUAUAUAAAUUCUGCAAUCUUAGCAGUAUGAUCAAUUUGCAGCAAUCUUGGCCAAUAUGGCGAUUUACCUCCCAAAGUGAACAAAUUUGCCAAGAAUCAAGUUUUUCCUUGCUCUAAACAUGUUUAUAUCAUUAUUUUGUUAAGCGAAGUAACUGGUCACAUGCGCUUUGCUGAUGCCUCGCUAUUUUAUCAUAGUUUGUUAAGGAUAUCAAAAGUGGCUGAUCAGAAGAUCAAAAUUGCAAGAAUGCACUUCGUCAGCAUAAUCAUGCUGUUGCUGAAGUUCUACAUGCUGAGCAUACCGGUAAGUCUUUGCUGCAAUCAGGAGCAAGAUGAAGCUGGAUCUGCCUUUUGAUGAGAAAACCCUUUGAAUGGUAGGAGGCAAAUGAUUAUAUUUAGCAAGAAGACAUCCGGUGAAACGUGGCUUACAAGUUACAACUGCCUUGUCAGAGUUGCAUUAGGUUGAUAACUUGACACUAUUAUAGUCGUUUCCUUCCAAUAUGCUUGUGAAGACUGACAAUUUUGUUCAUAACUCGAUCAAGAAAACUAGAACUAAAGAAGAUGAGGAAGCCAUGUUGUAAUCAGGAUGGAAGAAACAAGGGUGCUUGGUCAAAGCAAGAAGAUCAAAAACUCGUUGAUUACAUUAAACUCCAUGGUGAAGGUUGUUGGCAUUCUCUCCCCAAAGCUGCAGGAUUAGACCGUUGUGGCAAGAGUUGUAGGUUGAGAUGGAUAAAUUAUCUAAAACCAGAUGUUAAACGAGGAAACUUUGCUCAAGAUGAGGAGGACCUUAUCAUCAAACUUCAUGCUCUUCUUGGCAAUAGGUGGUCAUUGAUAGCAGGAAGAUUACCAGGAAGGACAGAUAAUGAAGUGAAAAACUAUUGGAAUUCUCACAUAAGGAAGAAGCUAAUUUGCGAGGGAAUUGAUCCUAAUAACCAUAAACUCUGUCAUCAUCAUCUUUCUCAUCCACAAAUGUUUCCCAUCACAAAUUCAUCUGAAUCAAAGAAGAAUGAUUCAUGUAGUAGUAAGCCACCAUCGAAACCUUGUGGGAACAAUGCUCGUGAUAUUAAUGGCAAGUAUGAAAAUGGCGCGAUUACUUGCGUUGAGGAAGAAACAUCGUCUAUGUUGGAUUUGAACCUUAAACUCACUAUUCAUAUGCCCUAACAUAUACUAUCCUAUUUCUUAAAGAAAGAGUGUGAAAUAAUCAAAAGUGUGCACAUUUUCAUGAAUUAACUAGUUAUUAGGCUUUGUGAUAUCCCGAGUUACUAAUAUUUUCAUGUUAAAAAAAGUAGUAUAUAAUGUUGUAUAUUUUAUUGGUUAGAACUUUACUUUAGUAACUUGAGGUUAUGUGGUUAAAUCUUGUAAGGAGCAUAUCAGGUUUCUAAUUUUUUUAAUAUAUGUUGAUGACAAGGAACAGAACUAAAGGGACAGUGUCACGUAGCGUGUAAACUUGUCAAGAAUACUUUUUAAUAUAUUUGUAUAGAUUACUCCAUCUGUUUUUAUUA